GUCUUGCCCCCGGCUAGCGUGACGAGGAACGCGGAGCAGCGAGAGGAUGUAGGCGACGUCUGCUGACAUCUGCACUCCAGCGGUUUAUUUCUCCCGGAGAACCGAGGACGGCAAACAACAACAACCGCGACAGCCACGGAAGGACGCCCGGACUCAUGCGACUGCUGGCCGAGGUUUUCCUCUCCUGGCUGCCAUGAGGGGGCGUUGCUCACACAAAGUGGGCGUGCUGGCCAAGGCCUUCUUCCUGCUGUGGCUGUUGUGGCUCGGGUAUCUCCUCCUCGUCCUCUCCCCCUCAUCGUCAUCACCUUCCUCGUCCUCCAGCGACACGCCGGACCCGGAGCGUGAGAAACGCCACAUCGCCGAGCCGGACCUGGCCGAGCUGGCCCGGCCCGUCUACGCCAAACCGCCGGCGGAUGACGGCGCCCCGGGGGAGUGGGGCCGGGCGACGGUCCUCAACCUGGGGCCGGAGGAGAAGACACAGGCGCAGGACAGCGUGGAGCGGUACGCCAUCAACAUCUUCGUCAGCGAAAAGAUUUCCCUCCACAGACACAUCAAGGACAACCGGAUGCCCGAGUGCCGCAGCAAGCAGUUUGACUACCGCCAUUUGCCCAGCACCUCUGUCAUCAUCGCCUUCUACAACGAAGCCUGGUCCACGCUACUCAGGACGGUCCACAGCGUCUUGGAGAGCACCCCCGACAUUCUGCUCAAGGAGGUGAUCCUGGUCGACGACUACAGCGACAGAGGCUACCUAAAAGCGCCGCUGGCCCAAUACCUGAGCGGCCUACAGCGCGUCCGUCUCAUCCGCACCACCAAGCGCGAGGGCCUGGUCCGGGCCCGUCUCAUCGGCGCCAGCUACUCGGCCGGCGACGUGCUCACCUUCCUGGAUUGCCACUGCGAGUGCGUCCCCGGCUGGAUCGAGCCCCUGCUGGAGAGGAUCGGGCAGAACCCCAACACCAUCGUGUGCCCCGUCAUCGACACUAUUGACUGGAACACCUUUGAGUUUUACAUGCAGCCUGAGGAGCCCAUGAUUGGGGGCUUUGACUGGAGGCUCACCUUCCAGUGGCACGCCGUGCCCGAGCGGGAACGCCGGCGCCGCAAGUCACGCAUCGAACCGCUCAGGUCCCCGACGAUGGCGGGCGGCUUGUUUGCCGUCAGCAAGGCCUACUUUAAGCGCCUGGGCACCUACGACACGGGCAUGGAGGUCUGGGGGGGCGAGAACCUGGAGCUCUCCUUUCGGGUGUGGCAGUGCGGCGGCAGCCUGGAGAUCCACCCUUGCUCCCACGUCGGCCACGUCUUCCCCAAGAAGGCGCCGUACGCUCGGCCCAACUUCCUGCAGAACACGGUGCGGGCGGCCGAGGUGUGGAUGGACGACUACAAGCAGCACUUCUACAAAAGGAACCCGCCUGCAAAAAAGGAGAACUACGGCGACGUUUCAGAGCGCUUGCAGCUCAGGGAGCGGCUACAGUGCAAGUCUUUCCAGUGGUACCUGAGCAACAUCUACCCGGACCUGCACAUACCCGAGGACAGGGCGGGAUGGCACGGCGCCUUGCGCAGCUCGGGAAUCCCUUCAGAGUGUCUGGACUACAACGCCCCGGAUCACAAUCCCACUGACUCAAACCUCUCGCUGUUCGGCUGUCACGGCCAGGGAGGCAACCAGUACUUUGAGUACACGUCCCGGAAGGAAAUCCGCUUCAACUCGGUGACGGAGCUGUGCGCCGAGGUGGCCGAGGGCCAGACGGCCGUCGGCAUGAGGCACUGCCCCAGCGACCGUGACGUCUCACCGGCCGCCAUCCUGUGGGACUUUCGAGACGACAAGAGGAUCUACCACCCUCAGUCGGACAAGUGCAUCACGGCCUACCGCACGCCAGAGGGCCGCGCUGACGUCCGCAUGAGGCCCUGCGAUCCGCUCGAUCAAAACCAGCAGUGGAAGUUUGAGUGGUAGACGCCCAAAGCCAAAGUGACUAUUGAGGGAUGAUUGGCCCCUUUUUAGUGCAUUUUUUCUCCCUGCAUGUGCUGCAGAGAUGGAGAAUGCUGACAUUUAGCCGCUGUGUAGCAUGGAAGUGCCUCAGGAAGUGUCAAGCUCACAAAGUGCCUGACUGCGUCACUCCAAAUCAUCAGAGUGCGCCACCUCAGGCAAAACCGUGUCGCCACAGACAAAAGGUUAUGUCCAUAAAUGGAAAAAAUCAACAUCUAAUUGAUGCACAUUAUAAAUGCAUUAUGACAAUAAUGCAUUAAUUUUAGUACUUUUGUAAAGCCCCCCCCCUCAAAAAUAAAUUCUGCCAAGAACUGCCCUAGCCCCCCCCCCCCCC